UUUCAUUUUGGUUGUUUUCGUUUGGUUUGUUCUUGAUUUUUGUUGUUUUUGUUUCUGUUUCAAUAUAGAUUUGUAUUUGAUUAUUGUUGUUGUUCUUGCAUGAUAAUAGUAUUAAGUUUAUAUAACGUAUGAUGGGUUGCUUUGUAAAUUUCUAGCACAAUAAUCCAAUUCCUGAUCUAAUUUACAGGAAGAAUAUAUCUUUGACAUGCAUGUGAUUUUUUUUUUUUAAUUUUAGGUCUGAUUUAGAUUAUAUCUCUAGCUUGUUGUUGUUGACUUGUUGUUUAUUUUAUAUUGUUCUUCUUGUCCAAAUAAUUUCUGAUUUUUUGCGGUAAUUAUGGAUGUUGAUGUUUAGAUUAUAUCUCUAGAAAGAAUAGAUCAGUUUUUGUCUCUUGUUUUAAAAUAAAUGUUUUAUUUUGUUAUAAUUUUUGCAGUAAUUAUGGAUGCCGAUGUUCAGCAACUUUCUUCCGAGGAAGAGGAGAUUGACUCGACAACACAAGACAAAGGAAAUGGUAAAAACCAGAAAACUUCUUCUGGUAAACCUCGUGUGAUUCUUACUGGUAAGAAACGUCAACGUCGGUUUUCUUCUGGUGUUUGGGUGAAUUUUGAUUUUUUAGACGAGCCUGAUGAAAAUGGUAAUCUAAUUUGCAAAUGUAAAAAGUGUGGUAUACAUUUUAAUGCUGAUAGUAAGAAUGGAACUGGGAAUCUUCAUCGUCAUUUGAAAAAUUGCAAACAAAGGUCUUUUAGGGAUGUUGGUCAAAUGAUAUUAGAGAAAACAUCCUCUAGUUUAGGAAAUAGAUUGCGUGAAUUUGAUGCUAAUUAUUUCCGUGAAUUAUUAUCUCUUGCUAUUGUGGAGCAUGAUAUGUCAUUUCAGUUUGUAGAGUUCAAGGGUUUUAGGAGAUGUUUUAAUUAUUUGCAUCCUGAUUUCAAACCUGUCACUCGAAAUACUAUCAAAUCUGAUGUACUUAAGAUGUAUAAAAGAGGGAAAGAAAAAUUAAAAGUUGUUUUGGGCUCAACUUGUAGUAGAAUUGCAUUAACUUCUGAUUGUUGGACUUCUAUAACCACUGAUGGUUAUAUUUCAUUGACAGCUCAUUAUGUUGACAAGUCUUAGUGUUUGGAAAAAAAGAUUUUGAACUUCUUACAUUGGUCCUCCCCAUACAGAAAUUCAUUUAUGUGAUCAUGUGUAUGGUUUGUUAAAAGAAUGGGGUAUUCAAAAAAAUAUUUUUUCAAUUACAUUAGAUAAUGCUUCUUCAAAUGAUGUUUUUGCUGAAAAUCUAAAAGGGGAACUUGAGUUGAUUUGUGGUGGGGAAUUUUUUCAUGUAAGGUGUUGUGCUCACAUUCUUAAUUUAAUGGUUCAAGAUGGUUUAAAAGGAAUUGAUGAGGCUGUGUAUAAGACUAGAGAGAGUGCCAAAUAUUGUAAGAGUUCACAAGCUAGGAAACAAAGGUUUUUAAGUUAUGUAUCACAUGUUGAAAUUCAAUCUACUAGAAUUUUACAACAAGAUAUUCCUACUAGAUGGAAUUCAACUUACAUGAUGCUUGAUUGUGCUUUGUAUUUUAAAAAAGCUUUAAUUCACUUUCAAAAAGUUGAUGCCAAUUAUGUACAUUGUCCUUCUGUUGAAGAAUGGGGUAGAGUUGAAAAAAUAUGCAAGUAUUUGAAAGUUUUUCAUGAUGUCACACUUGCCUUUUCUGGGACCAAAUAUCCAACUUCCAAUCUCUACUUUCAUAGAGUCUUACAAGUUAGGUUGUUGUUACAAAAUGAAAUGAAAAGUUCAGAUCUUUUUAUGCAAAAAAUGGCUUGUAAAAUGUAUGAGAAAUUUGGAAAGUAUUGGUCAGAAUUUAGUACAUUUAUGGCUGUUGCUGUGGUGUUGGAUCCACGAUAUAAGUUGCAAUGUGUCAAUUGGGGUUACAUGAGGAUAUAUGGUCAGCAUAGUGUUGAAUACGAGCUUGAGUUUUCUAAGGUUAAGGAUGCUUUACGGAGGUUGUACGAGGAUUAUGCAUCCAGUCAUUCUUCAUCAAGCAAUGUUAUUCCCACUGCUAAUGCUUCCAAUGCUAAUGAAGCUUCCGAUGAUUUUAUGAUGGAUUUUGAUAGUUUUUCUAUGGAGCAAUCAAAUGUGGCAAUCAAAUCUGAAGUUGAUAUGUAUUAUGAGGAGCCACUUAUCCCCCGAGGCACCAACCUUGAUAUUUUGUCUUAUUGGAGAACUUGCUCGGUCUGGUAUUCUAUAUUAGCUAAAAUUGCUAGGGAUGUUCUUGUUGUCCCCGUAUCAACUGUGGCCUCCGAAUCAGCUUUUAGUACUGGAAGUCGAGUGCUUGAUUGUUAUAGAAGUGCUUUAAAAUCAGAAACAGUGGAGGCUAUAAUUUGCUUAAGGGAUUGGGAUUUUGGGGAAGAUAAUAUGGAUCCUCAAAUGACAAUGCUAUGAGGAUCCGUUAUGAAGCUUAAGGUGGGGGACAACGAUGACGCACCACAAACCUCGCCGGAACUAUCAGAAUUUGAUGAAAAUGCUUCUUCGAAUAUUGUUUGAGUCACAAGGACUAAAGUUUAUUAAAAGACAUUUUUUUCUUUUUAAUUAUGGUUUGUAAUUUGUUAAGACUAUUUUGGUGUGUUAGUGACUUAGUGUGUAAUAGUUAAUUAGGCAUUUUAGACUAUUGAAAACAUUGGGUAAAAAAUUCAGGUUUUGUUAACUGUUUGAAAACACAAAAUUUGGCUAAAAAUCAGUUUAUUCAGCUAAAAAAAAAACAAUUAACAAAAGUCAGGUCAAAUCAGGUUGUUUUCGGGUUGACCUGAACCCGAAAAUAUCAGGUUCGGGUUGGGAUUUUCAACCCGAAAACUUAAAUGGAUCAGGUUCAGGUUGGGGGUUCCCUAACCCGAAACACGAAAACCCGAACACGAACCCGACCUGAUAUGUUUGCCACCCCUAUACUUAAUUGAAUCAAAAUUUCUAAAUUAUUAUAGCCAUAGCUUUAGCUACAUUUGUCUCCCAUCAUUCAAUGCCCCGCACCAGUGAACAGCCCUGAACCGAGCCAUUAUAGUCACACAACACUGUCCCCAGACCAGUCCCUAACUCCCUUACAGCUCCAGCAUUAACAUUCAGCUUUUCCCCACCCCUCAUCAGGUGGUGACCAGGCCAUAGGAAGGGGCAUACCAGCACCCCCCUUUUAAUUGGAUUCAUUGAGGCAUUUUAUCAAACACUUAGUGUGCAUUAAGAAAUCAACAACAGUAAUUGAAUAAUCAAAAUUAAUUCAAUGUAAAGUAAAAAAA